CUCCACACUAAACUAAACCCAAGAUCGAAACUGCUCAAACCACCAUCACAACGUUACGCACUACCCUUAUCCCUAAGAGAAAAUUAAGUUACGGAAAUCAGCAGAUUUUCCUAAACGAACUUUUGUCCAUAUUCCACUACCAAGAGUUCCAGGUGCUCUUUCUCACUGCCAAGCCAACUACAACGGCUCUAUCGGCUCCCAGGCCCUGGUCAGCAAGCAACAAUGGCUCUCGAAACAGUUUCUCUCGAACACCUGCCAAACUCGCACAAGGUCUACUUUGCCCUGUUCCGUGACGUACAGAAUGCGGCCUUUUUGCACCAGCAGCUGCUUGCUCGGAACCCCCAGUUCGAGUACGCCUUCAUUGAUGCCUCAGUGGUUGUCUCACGGCUUCAAUUAUUAUCCGCUGUGUUUAAGGCUACGUCGACGGCUGUGAAUGGCGCUCUCAGGACUCCAAACAUUCACUCCGAAAUUGUCUGUGCUAUGAGUUCUUCUAAUAACAUUGCUGAUGCCUAUCGUCGAUAUGGUAUCUCUCCUUCUACCAAAGACCUCAUCGUUGUCAAGGUCACAUUCCCUGGAGAAGAUGGUGUUGAGCCCUUGACACAUGACCAGAUUUGGGAACAUCUCAAGACCAAUGUUGAGGGAGAGGCUUUAUCCAUCACAGAUGACCAGAUCUCUACCACCACUGACGUACCAAAGGUGCGCAAGUACUACAAGUUGAAUGGACUCAAGUGGAUGGAUGAUAUCCAAGAUGAAAAGGUCAAGCAGAAGGAGAUCGAGUCACUCGUCAUCGGCGCAAUGGCUCUAAGGGGUGUCUGAAGCACAAUACCAAGUCAAAGCUUCACAAUCAAUCAAAUAAUCAUCGUUAAAGACUAAAACGUAAGUCAUUUCUUCAUCUAUGCUUGAUCUAUCUCGGAUAUUGAGAUGCUAGAC